UAUUAUGGAAGUGCCUGCCUGGUGAUAUCAUCAGGAGGCGACGGGUCGCGAAGUUUGGUUUCGUGUGGUGGGGACGGCUGGGGGUUGCGCGCGGGUUGUCUUGACGCCGGCCAGUGGCCGGUCCUCGCUUGUCGGCAGGGCCGCCGUUGAUGAAAUGGAUGGCUUGAGGGCUCCAUGGAGUGAUGUUGGCAGUGUAUAGACGCUAAAAUAAAACAGCUGCUAGCCAUCUUGCUUCAAAUCAGCACCAUGCAGAAUCUGUGUUGGGCAUCUGAGUGAGCUGAAAGGAACGGCUGUUACAUUUGAGAAGGCUUGAAAGCCAAUUCUACAAUAAAGAGUGCCUGGAACUGACAAAAAAUUGCAUCGUGUAGAAAGCAAGAUGGAUAAGAAAGCAUUUGAGAUGGUGCUUGAUGAAAUCAGAAAGGCUGUAUUGAUGGAGUACAAAUUAAAAGCUAUUGAAUAUGUACAUGGAUACUUUUCUAGUGAACAGAUUGUAGAAUUAUUGAGAUACUUCUCUUGGGCUGAACCACAGUUAAAAGCAAUGAAGGCACUGCAACAUAAAAUGGUAGCUGUUUCUGCAGCAAAAGUGGUUAACAUCCUCAACUGUUUCACUUUUAGCAAAGACAAGCUUAUUGCACUAGAACUGUUGGCUUCCAAUAUCAUUGAUGCUCAGAAUUAUCGCCUUAUUGAAGACCUCUUCAGAACUAGCAUGUCUGAGAAGAAGAGGUGCAGGAGAAUUCUUGAACAGGCUUCCAAAGCAGGAUGCAAAGCGCCUCAUGCUAUGAUAUCUUCUUGUGGCAUGAUUCCUGGAAACCCUUACCCAAAAGGAAAGCCCAGUCGCAUAAAUGGAAUUUUCCCAGGGUCACCUGUCAAAAAGGAAAAUGAAGACUUUACUAACGAAGGCAAGGGAAUAGCAGCUCGAAUUCUUGGACCAUCUAAACCAGCUCCAGCAACAUAUAAUCCACAUAAGCCUGUUCCUUAUCCUAUCCCUCCUUGUCGACCACAUGCAGCCGUUGCACCAAGUGCUUACAACAAUGCAGGUCUUGUUCCGCUAGCCAAUGUCAUAGCUCCUGGUUUGCCAGCUCCACCACCAUAUUCUUCUAGUCAUGUAGGAACAGAUAAAGCAGAAAAUGAAGAACUUCCCAAUCAGACAAAAUCUUCCCAAAACCAAGCUUUUGCUACACAAACGAAUCAUCUCUUUACACCUCAUGGUUCUAACCCUGCUGCUACUCCAGCCCCAACCCCAUCAUCUGUUAAGGCAAUAAGCCACUCAUCAGCACUUGCAUCGCCAGCCAUCCCAGGGAUAAGCAUGUCCACCCCUGUCCUCCCUGUCUUCUCUGGGCAGAUUAUCUCUUCCAUCCAUCCACCUCAGCCAUCGACUCCAACUCCUACUGUCAUCAAAUCCCAUUCGCUGCCUGGGGUUCCUACCACAUCUGCUCACUGUGCCUCCUCUACUGCCCUCCCUGCAACUUUCUCUGGGCUGGCUUCUGUGCUGCCUGCUACAGCAGCUUCGCAAGGGCUCUCCACACCGUGUGCCACUCCUGUACCACAUGAAGCUUUUGCAUCUGCUUCUACACCAUUUGCCAGCCUGCCUUUUUCUGCAGCAACUGUCACCACCUCAGCUAAUAACCCUAAUUCAUUGUCAUCUGCUUUUGCUGGCCUUCCUUUGUCCUUGACGCCCACUCCUCAGGGGAUAGCUAGUCCCAUUCCUUCUGCUAUUGCUGGUUCUCCUGCCACUAGCCUGUCAUGUCCACUUAACUUGCCUAACUCACUUCUAUCAGUCUUAAAGGGGUUUCUGUCAGUAAAUGAUAGCUCAAUAAUGAAUUCGACUGUACUGCCUUCUGCUGUGACAGCUGAGCUUGCCUCUUUAUCCGGUCUUGCUAGCCAGAAUACUGAAGCCCCUUCUUCAUCAGGUAACAAAUGUUACACUCCAGCUGCUUCCUCUGUCCUUCAACAUCCUUCCACUUCAGGAUUGUCCAUUUUCCCAGGGCUCCCAUCGCAGCCUGGAGUUAGCAAUAGUGCAACCCCGUCUGCAUUGCCAACACAGUCCCCUUUAACCACAAUACCAUCCUCCAUUAUGCCAGUCAGCUGUGUCUCCUCAGCUGCUCUUCCACACUGUCCGAGUCCUGCUCAUCCUGAACAGCAGGUUUCAUCCACCCCAGCUGCCACAGCAAUUUCUGCACUAGUCAAAACUGAGCCCACAAGCCCUACUGUGUCAGGUUUCAAAGGCCCUUCACAUUCUGCUGGGCCUUCUCAUAGCACUUCAGGCUUGUCAGCACUUGGCCAUGCAUAUACCUCUGCUAGUUCGUUGCCAGGCAGCUUACCUGCUUCCCUUAAUCCAGCACUAUCUAGUCUCUCAACUUUGAGUACUCCUCUAAACAGCUCCCCUUCCAUUCCUCCACAUGGGUCAUCUGCUCCGGUAGCUCCAGUAUAUAAUGCACUUCCUCCUUUCACUUCACUGGCCAGCAAUUUUGCUUUUUCUGGCAAUCCAGCACUUACCCCAACAGGGUCUCUGUUGCCCAUUCCACCUACAACUACGUCAGGCAUUUCUGCUCCCCACGUCAGCUCCACAACCAGUGUUCUCCCAACGCUGAUUGCUUCAGCAGCUGCUCCAGCUCCACCGUUUCCCCUUAACUUGUGCAGCGCUGUCCCUUCCCUGUUUUCUGUUUCUCAAGUACCUCUAGGAUCAUGCAGCUCAUCCUUCCCUCCUUUCCCUGUCUCUAACACUCCCUCUGUCACUCCUGCUCUCCCUUCUUUCCCUGGGCUCCAGGCAUCUUCUACAGUAGCAGCAGUCGCACCACUGCCGGCAGCUGCCACAGCCCCAUCUCCGGCUCCAGUGCUGCCAGGGUUUGCCUCGGCCUUUAGUUCAAACUUCAACUCUGCACUUGUUGCACAGGCUGGCCUGACUUCUGGACUUCAGGCCCCUGGAAAUACAGUUUUCCCCGGACUCCUCUCUCUUCCUGGUAUCCCUGGACUUGCCCAGAGUGCUACACAGUCUUCCCUGCAGGAACUUCAGCACAGUGCAGCUGCACAGUCAGCAUUACUGCAGGCACACACUGCUUCUGCUCUGGACAACUAUGCAUCUCAACCUGAUGGUUUUACUACGUAUCCCUCAGCACCUGGAACACCCUUUUCAUUGCAGGCAAGUCUUCCCCAGAGUGGAUGGCAAUAAACAUCUCUUUCACCUGCAAAAAAGAACUUUUUCUCAAAGAGUGCAGUGGUAGCUUGGCAAAGCCACUGAUGAUGCUUCCAUUGAAGUCUUUGAGGGGAAAGUAUGCAGACUUCAGUGUGCGGCACCCAUGAGGAAGAGACGAGGAUUUGAAGAAGCUGUUUCUUCCAGGCUACAAAAAACUGGAUUUUUUAAACUUUUUGUCAAUAUUAUGAAGCAGAGAAUUCUCUGUUUCCUUGCAGGUAGUGGAAGUUGGGAGCACUUGCACCCUCAAAGAAUCUUUUUAAAAUGCAAAUAUUCUUGGUCAUAUUAUUAGUUUGCUGGGGUAGCAGUGUGACACAGACUCCUCAGUAUUUAUUCUCUACAAUGCAUAUUGUAUGUGUAUUUGAUGAAAAGGAAAUAUAGAUCAGGGGCUCCCAGAUUAUCAGAAUCCCUCUUGCCCCCCCUUUUUUUCAACAAUUACACAUCUUGUGUCUGCAGCAUACCAUUCGUUGUCUUGUAAGAUGAACUCUGGUUUCCUGCCUUUCAUAUUUUGUUUUUUCCACUGCCUUUCUCAACCACAUCUGCUCUGAUAUUUAUCAUCUGAAGGUUGUAAUAUUUAUCAGCUCGAUCUUACUCGUUACCCCUGUAUGCAUCCUAUCAUCCAUCAGUAUUUCUUCACUUUUCUAAGAUGCAGGACCUCUGCUGUUUAUAGGCAUUCUGAUGUUUUUAGUUCUGUUUUUAAAAACUUUAUGCAAGUCUAGAUUUAAGUGUACAAUUCCUUCAAGUCAAAUAAGAGAUCAUGGUUUGCAUUCUGUAACAAAUCUGUUUUUUCUGUCUCGUUCAUGAACAAAGCAUUGGUAACAGCUCAGAUAUGAUGCUGCCUAAAAUGUUGAAGACCUGCUGAUUUGUGAACCAAGUAUUCUUUUUUUUUCUUUUUGGUGAGAACAGAACUAGCAUAUAAUGCUGUAUUGUACUCAGAUAAGAAUGGAUUCUGUGGUUAAAUUCUGAAAAUGCAAAUAUAAACCUCUGAUAAACAUACACACAAAGUAAGAACUGUAGAAACUUCUAAAACAGGGUUGUUGGUAUCUUGCUUUCCCUAGGUACACUCCAGGUUAUAGAAGCCAGUAUAAUACAAGAAUUUUAAAGACCAGUUUAGCUAGGAAUUAUGGAAUACAAAAUAUGCUCUUGCUAUAUUAAUGAAGUGCUCUAUACUGUUUAGUAUCUGUAGUGACAAGUAGAAAAAUCCCCAAUAUUAUCUCUUUUUAAGAAAAUCUUGAUCAUGUUCUAGAACUACAGUAGAGAUGAUACUUGGUUUUGUGUUUUUAAUGUGAACACUAGGAAAGGAUUUCUUGCUGUGCAUAGCUUAACAUCAUUUUUUCUAAAGAUGGGAGUCUUCUGGAAGGUAUUACUAAUGUAGAGGCUUUCCACAAAUGAACAGGCAUGAAGAACACUAAUGUGUAUGUAUAUAUAUCUGUAUUUUUAUAAAGUUUUUUAAAAUAAAACGUGUAGCAGUGGGACACAAGUUUCUAAAGUA